GCAGCGGGGCAGCGGGGCGGGGGCACCCUCACCUGUCCGUGUGUGGGGAUCAGCCUGGGCUCCGUGGCCUCCGCUUGCACCGGACGUGGACCCAGGCUACCGGUGGGCAAGAUAGAGGACUGAGCCCAGGCACGCACGGCUGGCCAGGUGGGAUCCCCACCCCCGUUCAGCCUUCUUUCUGCAUGGAUGCUGAAGGACCAGGCUCACUUGAAGUUCUGAGUUUGAGCAGUAAGGUGGAAACAAAGAAACCAAUGGAAACAAAGAAACAAGUCAUUGUGGCAAAGCUCCCCACCACAGAGAAGCUGCCCUGAGUGGAAGGGAGGGUGUGGGCAUGCCCAUUUGUUUCGUGUCUCCCAGUGCUCUUCGCUUUCUUAUUGCAGACCUGCAUGGUUACAACAAAAUGAUCUGCAAAACUGAAAAUAUUUACUCUCUGGCUUUUACAGAAAAGGCUGACCAGCCUCUGGUUCCCGUACCGGUCAACUGAUUGGAGUACCUUUCCAGUUUGGAAACAUCUGGGCAGGCCCAGCUGGUAAGUUUACUUUUCUACUUUGACCAAGCAAACUGAAGCCAACAGAAGAGAACUUUCACCAGCAACUCCCAGCACAUCCGCUCGCCUUCUGAUGUCUGUGACCUCACUCUCGCUGCCCCACCUCUUAUUACAGGUGACAUCGAAAGCCAGAUCAUCCAAAAGUCACCAGGGGGCCCAUCCAUACAAUCUUCUCCGGGCUGUCACUCCCACAUCCAUCCUCUCUGUCACUACCUCAUCUAUUUUGUUCUCCUGCUAGUUGGCUCCUAUCAGUAUAUAAAAGUCCAUCCUCUUAAAAGAAACAAACAGCACUCCUUGACUCUAAUUGGCCCCCACCAAUUGCCACCCCAUGUCUUUGCAGCAAAUCUUUAAUGAGUCGUUUAAACUCACUGUCUGCAUAUUCUCUUGAGCCAUUCCCUUUGGCACCCACUCUGGCUUUCCCCCUGAUCCCUCGCUCUAUGGAAACUGCUCUGUCAAGGCCAUCAGUGACCCCACGUUGCUAAAUAUAGUGGUCAGUUUUUAGUCUUCAUCAUGCGUGGCCCUUUGGCAGCAUUUGACCCAGCUCUUCCAUUUCUCCUCCCCCGUGUUCCUGCUUCACUUGGCCUCCAGCCCAUCGCUCUGCUUUCGAUCCACUGGCUGGUCUUUUGCCAACGUCUCCUCUUUUUUCCAAAUAUUUACUGCGAAUGUGCCUCGGAGUUGGGUCCUGGGUCUCUCCUCUAUCUCACUGCUAUACUUUUGGUGGAAGCAACCAGACUUGGAAAUUGACAUGCCAUCAAUUUCUCGAUUUGUCCAAAACUCCCUGAUUGGCCUUUUCCAUUUGGAACUCUCUCCCUGAUACUCAUAUUCUUUUUCUUUCAUUCAUCUUGCUUUCACAUUCAUACAUAUGUUCUACUGUGUAAAUUACUUUUCCAAAUUUUGAAUCAGUCCAUACAUAUCAUGUGAAAUGCUCAGAUCUCUAUUAUUUCCACUAAGAUGCUUAUUCAACCUUAGAACCUUUCUGCAUUUCUGUAUUUAUGUCAAUAAAGUGAAUAGUAUUUCUACAAGCCUCAUAGUUAAACAGUGUGUUUGUUUGGGGCUACUAUGUAACAUGAAAUAAUGAUACAUCAACAUAGUCCUUUUUCAUUUAAUUUUAUGUAACACCAAGAUGAGGUUUUUGCACUGAAGACUGUUUCAUUGAAAUUUUACCUACGUUAUGGACAGUCAGUUUAUGUGAAAGCCCUCAUUUCUCCCCUUUUCUGAUAUAUUUUCCAUUUGGCUAUUAUAACAUAUACCUUGGCAUGAAAUAAAAUUCCAAAUCCAUUCACAUAAUAAAAUUAAUACAUUUAAAUUAUAUUUUUUAAUGUUAAAAAGAAAGAAAAAAAACCCCAGACUCCUCUACCUAUUAGGCAUUUCUGUGGCAAUAUCUAAUAGACUCCUUAAUCAUGACAUUGAAGAACUGAGCUGAUUCCAGCCCCUUUCCACCUGCUCAGCCCCAUCUUGUCCCAUCCCCUGUGGAUGGAGAGGACAUCCAUCCCAUUUUCCAGGUCCAGAUGUUGGAACCAUGUUCUCUCUCUCUCUUUCUCUUACACACACACAGACAGCAAAUCCAGCUUGUUAGAAAAUUCUGGCUACUCUGAAAUCAUUAACCACAUACUCCCUGUUCCCCACCCUCCUAGGAGCCACCUUCAACCCCUUGUUGGACACCAAUUAGCCUACUUCUUCCAUCUUUGCUUUUCUACAAUCUCAUCCACACAGAGUCAGAGGGAGCCUUUAAAAGCAUACAUUGAGGGGGUGGGUGUAGCUCAGUGAUACAGUGCAUGCUUAGCAUGCAUGAGAUCCUGGGUUCAAACUACAGCACCUUCACUAAAAUAAAUAAAUUAACCUCCUCCCAAGAAAACUCAAAACAAAAGCAUAAAUUGGACAUCACCCAUCCCAUCAAAACUCACUAAAAGGGUCACCAUUCCAUUAGGAGCCAAAGUCGUCCCAAAGUCUUCGAGGACCCGGCCUGCUCUGCCUCUCCGCCCACACUCUCCCCAUCACUCUGGGGGCCUCUGGCUCCGGCUCUUCCUUCUUCCUCCGGAUCUAUUCUGCUUCAAGUUCAUUACUCCUUGAGAUCUGCCAGGAUUGCCUUAUUCCCUCCUGCCUGCCUCCCACCCCACCACCAUCACCUGAGUUUGCUCAUAUCACUCUUAUUUUUCCCCAAGCUCUUGCUACCCCCAUCAUGUUGCCUGUUUUCUCUGCUAAAACUCUGAGCCCCCAGUGAUGGGGAGUCGUGUCUAUUUUGUUGACUAAUAAAGCCCAAGAGCCUUGGGAAUGGGUAUAGUUACUAGAUUCCCAUAAGUAGUAGGAGCUUAUACAGAUUUGCUGAAUGAAAGCAGAGGUCCUGGUCCAAUUCGAUGGAGCACUUCUGUGUCCUGCUCAAAGAUUAACUCUCCUUUCCUCCUGAGAGAGGGUGACCACUUCCUUGGUGAUCAAAGAUUGAACAGGAUCCAGGGGGAAGUACCAAGCCUGUCCCAUCGGCCAUCCUGUGUGUCAUGUCCUGUGACCCAGUGGAUGCUCAGCACCCUCCAGCUGAAGAAACAGAUUGCCUUAGGUACAUGAAAGGUGAGGACACCUACUAUCCCCAUGGAGCGCAGGUGGGGCUGAGAGUCUGCUGUUUGUACAGCCGGUGGGCUCGUGUUGCUUUGGGCAUCCCUGUGCCUGAAUUCCUGCAGUACACUCGGUGCCUGUUUCCUAAUCUGCAAAACUGGAAUGAUGUUAACCAUCCCGCAGUGCAUUCCAUGGUGCAUCCUCGCCUAGAAUUGAGUGGAAGCAAGUCCAUCUCAGAAGGGACAUACCUGAAGAGAAAUGGCUUUCCAGACUCUGAAGGGCAGAGAAAGCACCAGCCUGGGUUAGAGAAAGAGAACAGCAUCUCUGAGCCCGUCCUGGGUGACCUCACAGAGAUCACCCUAGUGGCCCAGGCUAGUGACCGGGAACAUGUACCUUCCUGCAGCCAACCCCAGACGUCCACUGAUGCAUCAUAUACUGGCAAAGAUCCUGGCCUGGGGGGGUGUUGGCCGCCGGAGAUUCGCCAGAUGUUGGACUCCAGCUUAACCACCGGAAGUGGGCAGGAUGUGCUGAGGGGGCGGAGGCAGCCGCCAAGGCAGCGACGGAGGGGGCUGUCCCUGGCCAGCCGGUCAAUUUGUUCCCAUCUCAACAUUUGCUGUCCCAGUUUCGCAGGACGCCCUUCUCCAGUUUAUCCUUCUCCUGGGAGGUGACAUUUUAGGUUAUUGGGUCCCAGAUUGCUGGCACACUCAUCCCUGUUCUCAAACAUCUUUUAAACUUGGGUGAAGUGAUAAGUUGGGGAAGAAGAUGAUUUACUGAAAGUCUCCCGAGAAGAGAUUCAGAUUGAACAGCUUUGUGUCGGACUUUGGAAGACCGCUGGUGCCCAAGGGGUUCUCUGGCAGCACAAUGACGAAUCUAGGUCCCUCUUUCACUGCUACGUCAAUGAAGUGGACCGCAUGGACAAGGCCAAAGCUGGUAUCCCAACCAUAGCCCUUGACAGUGAUGUUCGGCUCCAGGAAGCCAUCAGAUGCAGCAGGUGGCCAGAGAAGGAGCCUAACGGGCUCAUGAAAUGUGACACCCCCAGCUUCAUCAACACGGACCAGAACUCUUCCUUUGGGGAAGAUGAUCUCCUGAUUUUGGAACCACCGAUUGUUCUAGAAAAUAAGCCAGUUGCCCAGACCUCACACAAAGACUUGAAUUGGAAAUGUGCUUUGUCAAGUGUUUCUCUGAAGAUGUGAAGUCUGUCUUUGUAUGGCAGGAAGUCCCCUUUCACAAAAUUGUAUGUGUUUGUGUCUGAGAGAGAGAAAUGGAGACAGACAGAAAGACGGAGACAGAAGAGAGCCCCCUCAGAAGAGAGCUAGUUAAGCACCCCAGACUGACGAAGACAGUGGAGAAUGCCUCUGAGUUUGGCACUGAUUGCCUGGAGAAUGCUGAAACCCAGGGAAGUGGGCAGCACAGACGUUUACUCAUUUAAUCCUGCCAACACAGUAGGAGAUAGAGUCUACAUAUUCCUCGCUACUUAAAAGAACACAGAGAGGAUCGCUGGCCCUCCUGCGCAUGCGCAGUCUGUGCCAGCUGGACCGAGGGUUGGAAGCUGCAACUCCGAGCCGGGGAUCGGCCCCAAAGGCUUCUCAGCUCUUUCGCCCGGUAGGACUUUGGCUCCUGCCCUGGCGCCCCGGCCACAGCUGUCCAGGGCCAAGUGUGCACUUGCCGCCUCUCGCCCCAGCCGGGCUCCCCUCAGUCCGCGGCUGGCGUCCCCUUCCCCUCUCCCGCCCGCGAGUCCUCUCCUCCCGGGCUGCCUCUCCUCGGCCGCCGGCCCGUCCCCGCCCCUGGGCUGGCUGUGUCCCGGGCGGGCGGGUUCUGCGGACCCGGACGGGGGCGGGCGGCUGGGGCUGGGGCUGGGGCUGGCCUCCGAGCGGGGCUACAGCCCGCGUCCCCCCCCCCCCCCCGCUUUCCCUGACCCGCGACCCCGGGGCUGCCCUCCUCUCCCUUUCCCGCUACCUGGGGACCAGCUCAGUGGUGUGGGCGCUGCUCCCCGGGCUGAGAGCCUCCGGCUGUGAACCCCAGCUUCUCCUGUUGGAGUCGGGAAAAGGGAGCGUCAGUGCUGAGCGAGCUUCCGUCUCCUCCCUCAGUGUUUCUGCCCCAGCAGCAGCUAGUCAGUUUCUGCAGAGGAGACCGCAGGGAUUGUGAUCGAGACCACGUUGAAUAUACGGAUCGUUCUGGGGAGCACUGCCAUUCCAAAAGCGCUGUCUUCUGAUCCAGCAAUGUGCGUGGUUUGUCCAGGUGCCCUCACCUCCAGUAGCAUCCAUCCAGACACCGGAACUGACACUGGCCGUGCUCCGAACUGCCUCAGCCCUGAAGACACAACUGACAAAUAGAAGGGGACCACGCCCUGUUACAGCAGGUGCUCUCACUUUGUGGAUCCUUAUGUAACUGAGCGGUGUUAAUCAGGAUUGCCCGUUCUACAUUGUGUGGCGCUGCUGCGGUGUCUCCUAGUUACUUGUUUCUCUCGCUUUAUUCACUCAGGGGUAUAUCAUGGACGUCCUCCCACUCCAGACUCACCCGGCCCUUUCAGAUAGAUUGGAGGGGUCUCCUGAUGUGCGGGUGUCGUCUCUUGUCCACGGAAACAUUUGGUGGGAGACUGCUGUGGACAAGGCCCUGGACCACGGCGAAACGCCGGCUCCCUCAGCGCCCGCAGCUCGCCUUGAUUUACCGCAUCAUUGUCUUGAUGGUGGACAGUUAAGUUUUCUCCAUUUUCCACUGUCAGAAAGAAUGUUUGAGUUGCAUCCUUCUUGUACAGAACUUCCUGUGAUCUUGUAUGUGUAUUCCUUUAGUUAAGGCUUCUGGAAAUUUAGUCCCUGGAUGUGACAUUUACAUUCAUCACAGACUCCUUUCAAGUGACUAGAAAUUCCUUCUCCAUUGGGGAAUGAAAAAAUGCACAAUUACUUAUGUAACCAAUUCUCUAUCGCUGGAUAUGAUUUCACUUCAGUUUUUCUUCCCACCUUUGUAAACAGUGCUGUGUAAAUGCCCUGAUGGGUACAUCUUUUUGGACUGAUUUUUUUUUCCUAAAGGAAACGAUUCCUAGAAGUGGAGUUGAGUCAGUGUGUAUGUACGUUUUUCAGAGCUUACAAAUCCAUUGAUAUGUCAUCCUCUGAAAAAGUCGCUCAUGAUUUGUUCUCCCACAGAUGGACACUAGCUAGAUUAUCUUAAAAAUAUUUGCCAAUAUGAUAAGCAAAAGUGCUUUUUCAUUGUUUUUUUUGCAUUUGAUGACCAGUGAAGUUUUGAGCAUUUUUCACUCAUUAGUCAUUUGACUUUUUUAAAAUGAAUGAUUCCUUUUGUCCUUUGCCCACAUUUAAGUGAGGGAGCUUCUUGUUGCUUUGUGACAGCUUUUUGUAUGUUAUGAAAAUUAACUUCGUGAAUUCAUCAACAUGUAUCACAGAGCUUUUUCUUGUCAUUUCUUUCCUUUCAUUUUGUUCAGGAAGUUUUCUGAUUUUUGUUGUGGCUCAAACUAUUCUUAGGAUAGUAAAUGUCUUCCUUAUGGGUUUUAUCUUUGACAUUAUUCUUAGAAAUACUCCCUUAUAAUGGAAUAAAUCUCUUCUGUAGGUAUUUUUUAAUCUCUAAGAUGGAGAUUAUAAUAGUACAUGUUAUAGUGAGGAGAAGUUGAGUUAAUAAGAGCAAAGAGUUGUAUUUGCUGUUACUAGUACUUUUUAAUAUUUACAUCGCUAUCUGCAAUUUAUCUUGUGGUCAUUAUGACAGGAGUAGAAUUUAUUCUUUCCAGGUGAUUCUCUGUCCCAGGACAAUUAUCGAAUUCAUAAUUUUCUCUUUGAUUUGAAAUCCCACCUGUACAAAAUACUUACAUACACUAGAGUCUUUUUUGAGCUCAUGGUUCCCUUCUGUCAAUCUCCUUUCCUUACUCCAGCACCAUAUCUUACAUGUUGUAAAAAUUUAUUUAAUAACUGGCAGUCUGAUUUUUUUUGAUUCUUUUCUUCCAUCCCAAAUUUUCUUGUCAAGUAUUAUGACUUUAUUAUUCCUGAAGAAUUCCAAAAUAUUUUGUUCAAGUUAAAAAAAAUCAGAUUGGAAUUUUCAUGGGAUUUUUUAGUAAGUUUUGAAUUAUUCUUAGGAGAACUUACAUCUUUACAAAACUGCUUUUCUCCAUGCAAUAUGUUUAUGUCUCUACAUUCAUACCUCUUACUUUAACCCUCAGUACAGUCCUGAAGUUUCUCCAUUUAGAAUAUGGGCAUUAUUUUUGAAUUUAUUCCAGAUUAUUGUUUAUGUUUUUGUUAAUUUUGUAAGUGAGAAUUUUUUGCUAUUAUAUUUUUAAAUGUUUAAAACUGACAUUUAGAAAGGAAGAUUUGGUUUGUCAAUACUCACUUUGUAACUUGUCAUUUAAAAUUGUAAGUAUUAAGUACUUGUUCCAGAAUCCUUUCUUUUCUGUUUUUUAAAAUUUGUUUCCAAGAUUCUCAAAAUGUUCAUAGCUAAGUAGUAUAGGUGGGGACACAGAUGGAGAGAGGAAGUGUGGCUCACGAACAAACUGUGAGCAAUUUCAUGGCUGCCUUUAGGCUGGAGAAGCCACAGAAGAGCCCAGGUCAGACCAAGGGUGGCUUUGUAUGCACUUGAAAGCCAGCUUUCCUGCCUGUAUGGUGAAGCCUGGUGGGCGUGGCAGGUAGAUGAUCAAGGUCUGAUCAAGGUCAUUGGCUGCACAGAGCACUGUGUCUGUGAGAACUGGAGACCAUUACCAUGGGAAAUGCUUGGCGCCAGGAACACUGCAGGGGAGCUGGGGAGCCUGUGUGUUAAGGAUUUUCCAGCCCUGGGAGUGGGAAGAUGAGACUCUGCAUUCAGAUCUGAGUUUGAAUUCAUCCUCUCUUGUUUACUGGUCCUCUGACUUUUGUCAAGUUAUCUACCCGCUUUGAACUCCUGUUUUCUUGUCUCUCAAAACAGGAGAAUUACAGCCUGCUGCUAGAGUGUUUGAUCAGGGUAAAUGAUUUGUGUCUAUAAGAUGCCACGUACAGUCACAAUCUCAGUGAGAAAUGGGCUGUCGCCUCUUCUUCUGCAACUCAGUGCUCGAUAAGACAUCGGGGGAAAGCCAGACCCUAAUUUGUAUGUGAUGCAAUGAGGAACAAAAUUAACGUCUUGCCUUUCCCUAGCAGGAUUCUUAUUUCUUUGCUUCAUUUACCUCUUUCCUCCUUUACUCUCCCCUUUCACCUCCUCCACCAAAAGAGACUGAGUCUGUCUCAGAACACUACAUUCAAAUUACUUUAAAUGUUGGCUCAUCCCCAUGAAAUUACAGUGAAAUUAAAAAUAAUCUGUACACGUCCCAGACAUGAUUAUAUUUGAUUUACACACACACACACACACACACACACAAUCAGGCUACCUCCCAUUUGCUGAGGGAGAAGGACCACUUUUUCUGAGUUUUCAUUCACUGAGCGUGAGAGCAAAGUCUCUUAAGCAGAAAUUCGCCUGGCUUCUUGCAUGGUUUUUUAAAUUGGAUUUCUGCUUUGUGUCCACAGAAAUAGACUCCUAUUAGAAGAGGGGAAGUGGAGACAUAGAUAUUCUGCUGAGAUAUUGGUGUCAUCAUAUUUGAGUUGGAAAGGACUUACGACAGCAUAGAGUCGUACCUUUUUAUGGGUGAGAAUCCAUGAUAGUGUAACUUGGACAAGAACCCGGGUCUUCUGUCUUCAUGUCCACGCGGAUGAAGAGGCAACUGGGUGGGGGAUGGCAGGGAUCCUUACUUGAGUUCCGGGGUCUUGCUAGUUUCCAUUGUUCAGCUGCCUUUAGUUUAUGUCCAUGUGGCCUCUCAUGGGAAGGUCACUCUAUCCUGAUAGAUUGAGUUUCUAAUCAGCAAAAAGGUCUGGACCCACUCAUGUUUCCCAGAGAUUUUCUGCUGACCUGCUGACAGUUUAUAUACAUGAGAUCUUAGAAACUGCUGGAUAUAAAAUCCUUAUUGUUAUCAUUUGCCCUCGAGUUCCACAGGAAUGGGGUGCUGUCUCAGGCUGUCUAAGGCCAGCUCUGAACAAAGAUAGGGUGAUAGGCUGUGCAGCUGGACACUCCCCAGUCGAAUGGGAUUUCCACCUUAGUUUUUAGAAUCAGGCAGAUGAGUUCAAAUCUUACCUUUACCAGUUAUUAGCUUUGUGACCUUGAGGAAGAAACUUUACUUUUUUGGGGACAAAUUUUCUUUAUCCGUAAAUAAGUUCAGUAUUUAUUUUAGGGUUUUUGUUUUAGAAUUGAAUGAGCUAAUUCCCUCAUUUAUUCCUAAAAUACUGAUCACAUGGUUCUAUGCUGGUGACCUAGUGGUUGAUUACUAAGGGACUCAGUAGUGAGAAUGUGGGUGAGGCUCCCUGGAUAAUAGAGCUUAUAUUCCAUGAUAUGCUUGUAAAAGACUGGAUUGCAGUGGAUUUUUAGUAAAUGUCCAUUCUUUUCCUAAUCCCCAUUGAUUGUGUAUAUAUCUUUAUACUAAUAUAUGAACAAUUUUUUAUUGCAAUAUAAGUCUUUUUGUAGUAUUUAAAGUAUGUAGCUAUAACAAAAAUACGUGAAAUAAAAUGAUUUGACUUUUAUUUUCUUUUCAAUAAACAAAACAAAAUAAAAUAGAAAAGAAAAGAGAAAGUUUUGAAGGAGUAGAAAUAAUUUUAUUUCCGUGUAAUCGACUCCCUAUGUUAGGUUUUUCGGUUGUGUUCUUAAACAGCAUAUAAAAUUGACAGGUUUUGACUUCAGUGUUGAUAGCUGGGUGAGUAUAGUUUCUUUUUGUGGUUGUCUUUGAUGAAUUAUUUGCACUAGAUCAUAAAUAAUGUGCAUGUUACAUAUUGGAAACGAGGAAAGAGUGGAGACAUACUACCUCCAAUGCAGUCAUUUUGUUACCGAGUCCAAACUCAUUCUGCUCACCAAAUGACAGGCCAAUAAACUGGGAGAUGAGGUGUUGGAGCAAGGAAUAGUGACUUUAUUUGCAAAGCUGGCAGACCCAGAAGAUGGCAGACUGAUGUCCUGAAGAACCAUCUUCCCCAAGUCAGAAUUGAGUCUCCUUUUAUACUAAAAAGGGGUGGGGCUGCAGUUGGUUGUUGGAAACUUCUUGUUGUAUGAAUUGCUUGUCCUUUGAAUCCGCUGUUCUUGCAGCUGUCCAUGUGGUUCAAAUCAUUUUGCCAUUGUAAUACCUCCAAAAGUAAAACAAAGUUAUUCUCUAUUUUGCAACUUGCCAUCUCUACAUAAGUGCAGAUUAGUUAGCAUCCUUCAAGAUCACGGCCAGGAGAAGAGGCUGUCCUGGAUAUUUCAGUCUAAAGGCAACUUUCUUUUACAAAUGGUGCAGAGAUAGCAAGUCUGAUUUAGCAAGAAAACAGGGCACAGGUUUAAAGCCAAAGGAACAGACCUAACAUGGGGUCAAAAUUGUUCUUUUCUAUUACAAUUCCCUUUUCCUCUUCAUAGAUAAUUUUAGUAAGAAACACGAGCAAUUUUGUAUUUUUGCUUCUUAAUAACCGAUAAGUGGGCCAACUAUAUUUUUGUGAGCAGGGAUGCUGUGCGGGCAUAGGGGUCACAGCAAACUCUUGUUGGGGGUGGCCGACCCUGGAACAUGUCUGAUGCCCCGUGAGUGUUGGUGAGGGUCCCCUAGCCAGCGGCUCUCUUCAGGAGGCAGCAUAUGGGCAUUGAUAUCUGGAGACCUCAUUUUCGGCUGCAGGAAAUUUUUUAGAUACUGCGAUUGAAAAAUCACUCCAGCUGGGGAUAAUUAGGGAAAAAAGGAAAAGUAAAAGGGUUUGGAGUAGAGUAGAAGAGAAGGACAUCAGAUCACGGAGCCUGAGUGCUUGGCAGCGGGGCUUCGGGGGAGAGGGGAGCAGACGUGGGGAGGGGCCUGGCACCGGAACCAGCUCCUGCACCUGUCAACAUGCCCAAGCCACAUAGCUUUUAAUUGGGCCACCUCUCUGGGCUGGAUGUCACCCUGUGCAGAACCUUGAGAAUCGAAGGUAAGGGGUGGGCAGCACUCACCUAGGGGUCACUGUAGAUUUCGGUCAAGUCCACAGUGCCU